AUGCGGACAAGUUUACUCUUCCUGCUAAUUUACUCAGUAGCUGUUGUCGUUGAAGCCGACAAGUCUUAUCCACCUUAUUUUGAGGAUCUCGAAUGGCAAGCUCCCAGAAGUCUGUCAAAUUGGGCCAACCUGACAGUCGAGACAAGAACUGGGACAUUCGUUGGCAUGCUCAAUGACACAUUUCCCGACGUGCGCCAAUUUUUGCGCAUUCCGUUUGCAAAGCCACCAGUUGGAGAUCUCCGCUGGAUGCCUCCUCAAAAACUUGAUUCUACAAGCCGAAGAUAUGACUCGACUAUCUUCGGUCCCGCAUGCCCGCAGUAUGUCGAACGACGAGACUCUUUCUGGAAGGACCAUGCACCUUUGAGUUUUGUCUUCAACCUCGGUGAGAACCUCACGCAAGGCUCAGUGGCAUGGUCUUCAGCGGAGGAUUGCCUGUCAAUGGCAAUAUGGACACCUGCUUCGACCGACAAAUCCUCGAAACUUCCAGUCACGCUUUUCCUCACGGGUGGAGCCGGUAUAGAAGGUGGUGUUCCCAUUCCGGCUCAUAUACCAGCGCAGUGGGUGUCGCGAUCCCAGGAACACAUUGCAAUUACCAUGAACUACCGAGUGAAUAUCUUCGGAAAUCCCAGAUCAAGAGCCCUCAACGAAACCUCUCUCAGCCUGCUGGAUGUCAGGGCAGCGGUUGAAUGGGUCCACGAAAACAUUGAGGCCUUUGGCGGAGAUCCGCAGAACAUUUUUCUUUGGGGGCAAUCGCAAGGUGGCGCGCUGACCCAUCUAUACACACUCGCUUUUCCAGAUGAUCCCUUAGUUGCCAGUUACGGAAUCAUCUCUCAACAACCUGGCACCACUUUGAACACGACAAAAGUGACAGACCCAUACUUGGACUUUGAUAUUGUAGCCAAGUCUUUGGGCUGCAAUUACGGGGAUGAUGCCGUUGCGGAGCUAAAUUGCAUGCGCACACGUUCAUGGGUUCAAAUUGAGGAAUUCGUCAACCGCUACAAAGGCGAACCCAAAAUAUCAUUUAUGCAAUACGUUCCCGACGAAAGAUACAUUUUCUCUAACGAGAGUCUUCGCUACCAUGCAGGCAAGGUGGCCAAGGGUUCAGCCAUACGCUCCUUUGCAGCACGCGAGAUGUCAGUAGACAAUAACAUUACAGAUUCACAGGCAGAGGCUCGACAAUGGGACUGCCUCGCAGCUCUGGAUACCAAAGAGAGAUUCUCACUGGGUCUUGAUACUUUCCGCUACUUCUGGGGAGGCAAUUUCACAAACAUCAGCCCAGUGCCGUGGCUAGGAGCAUAUCACUUUUCAGAUCUGCUGAUGAUAUUCGGGACAUACGUGAAAGACGUCGGAGAGAUUUCGCAACUGGAGAUUGAGACAUCAGAGACCAUGCAAGAUUAUAUGCUCGCAUUCAUCAAGAAUCCCCCCACCGUUCCAGAAACAGUUGGUUGGCCACUUUUCGAUCCAAACAGCCCAGACGGCGGUCUUAUUGUUGAGUUUGGGAAAGACGUUCCUGCGAAGAAUAUCACUGGGAGAUACUUAGAUGGAGCUUGUUACGAUACUACUGUGCCUUUCCGUGUGAAUGGCUGA